AUGGUAAGAGAUUCCCAAGAAACGAAAUGUUUCGAAUGUGGAAAAUUUGGGCAUAUAGCUCCUUAUUGCCCGGGAAAGUGUCAUAAAUUACGUUGUGCGGGUUGUGGACGAUUUGGUCAUAAUAGGGAAGAAUGCAAUAUUGCCAAUUUCAAUACAAGGGGCGGUUUUCCACAGAGAAAUAUGGCUCAAAUUGCUCCAAAUAUAAGAAUUCUUGAAAGCGGGAAAAAUAAGGAUAUAGAAAUAUCCAAUUUAACGGAGAAUAAAAGUUUAAAUAAUAUAUGUUUUCGAUGCCGCAAGGAAGGACAUGUGGCGAGAGAAUGUCAGUAUUUGUGA